UGUAUCCGGUGAAGCGCAGAAACAGGCACAGUGUGGCGGGGCCACAGUUCAUGGGGGGCCGUGCGGGGCCGGUGGAAAGGGCCCCUGUGAGGAGGAGUAACACAAUGCCGCCUAACCUGGGCAAAGCUUCCAUAGAGGAGAGGGUGACAGGUCCGAUCGCUGAUCCAGGCAUGGUCAGAAUCAUAUGCGGUCAUCAUAACUGGAUUGCUGUGGCUUAUGCCCAGUUUGUGGUCUGUUACAGGGUUAAAGAGUCGAGUGGAUGGCAGCAGGUGUUCACCAGCCCUCGGCUGGACUGGGUGAUUGACAGGGUGGCUCUUAACGCCAAAGUCAUGGGCGGUUCUCUAGGGGACAAUGAUAAGAUGGUUGCCGUUGCAUCGGGCACAGAAAUCAUACUGUGGGCAAUCUGUCCCGAUGGAAAUGGCAAUGAAAUUGGUGUGUUCAGUUUGAAUGUGCCGGUGGAGGCUUUGUUCUUCGUUGGAAACCAGCUCAUCGCCACCAGCCACACGGGUAAAGUGGGAGUGUGGAACGCAGUCACUAAACACUGGCAGAACCAGGAUGUGGUUCCCAUCAACAGUUAUGACACAGCCGGAUCGUUCCUCAUUUUGGGAUGUAAUAAUGGAUCUAUUUACUAUAUAGAUGUCCAGAAGUUUCCGUUGAGGAUGAAGGAUAACGAUCUGCUGGUGACUGAGCUGUAUCGAGAUCCCAGUGAAGAUGCUAUUACUGCUCUAAGUGUCUACCUGACGCCCAAAACAAGUGACAGUGGGAACUGGAUCGAGAUUGCGUAUGGCACUAGUUCAGGCACGGUGCGUGUCAUAGUGCAGCAUCCAGAGACGGUGGGAUCCGGUCCACAGCUCUUCCAGACCUUCUCCGUUCACCGCAGCCCUGUUACCAAGAUCAUGCUGUCUGAGAAACAUCUCAUCUCUGGUAAAGAGGGUUUCUUUCUUGUACUCGUUGCUCAUUUACGUGCAGAGUAUCGUGGGGAACACAAUUCUGAGAUCAAUA